CCCAUCUCUGGCUCAUCCCUACCCGACAGCAACAUGAAGGUCUCCGUGGCUGCCCUCGCCGUUCUCCUCAUCGCUGCUUUCUGCUCCCUGGCCUUCUCCGCGCCAAUUGGCUCUGACCCCCCGACUGCCUGCUGCUUCUCCUACACAGCCCGGCAGAUCCCCCGCAGCUUCGUGAAGGAUUAUUACAGCACCAGCAGCAUGUGCUCCCAGCCGGGCAUAGUGUUCACCACAAGGAAGGGCCGUGAGCUCUGUGCCAACCCCAGUGAAUCCUGGGUUCAAGAGUACGUGAACGACUUGGAACUGAACUGAGCGGAGCAGGGGCCAGACUGGGCGAUGCGCCGCCCCCGGCAGUGGGAGUGUAAACCCUCAAAGGACAGGCUGACGAGACAGAAACAGGAGCUGAAUUUGCCCCAAACCCUGAUAAAACCAAGAAUUUGUAACUAUCUUGUACAGCUAUUUAAAAUCCUGGAUCGGUGUAAUACCUACUAAUUAUACU